CUGCGGCACGCCGACGCGCGGAGUUUAAAUCGGCGGCGGUUGUGGGGGCCGCCAUUCCCAGCUGCUGAUUGGACGCGGUGCCGCUGGGCCUACAGACCCCUUCACGCCUCCCCUUUUCUAGCGGCCCCGAGGACCCCCCGCCUCCCAGCGCUAUGGACUCCGCGGUCCGCAGCCGCCUCCAGCCCGGCCGGCUUAUUAAGAUUCAGCGGAGCAACGGCUUAAUUCACAGUGCAGUUAUAAAGACUGUAAACAUUGAAAGGCUGUCUGUCUCGGUAGAAUGGUCAGAAGGGGAAUCAACCAAAGGAAAAGAGAUUGAGAUUGAAGAUGUGAUAACAAUAAAUCCAGAGAUUUUAGAAGAAAUUCCGUCGGCUUCUGAUGUGAAAGAGAACCUGCCUCUGCAGGAGAAUGUAACUGUACAGAAACAAAAACGUAGAACAACCCUUUCAAAAAUUCCUGCUCCACGAGAAGUGGCAACGGUGACACCUAAUGUGUCUGCGCCCGAGCAGCAGCAACCAGUAUUACGUAGCCGUUCUACCAAGAUGUCUGUCAUCACAGAAUCCCAGGGCAGCCUCCAAGAUAAUGAGAUGGAGGUGGAUCCCUCCACUUCUACACAAACAAGAAACCAUUCAACAGUGCCCGCUGGCCGAGCCCGAACUACCAGGCCACAUUGUGCUACAGAACCCUUACUGACAAAUGUACAUGAAGUUCUAGAAGAACAUCCAUCUAUCAGAAGCAGCUCUUCAGCAAAUCCAGUUCGGAGGAAAUCAAAUAUUGUGAAAGAGAUGGAGAAAAUGAAAAGCAAGAGGGAAGAGAAGAGAGCCCAGAUAAGUGAGAUCAGAACAAAACGGGCACAGGAAUUCGAUAGCAGCUGUCCAAACUGGGAGUUUGCACGAAUGAUCAAGGAAUUCAGAGCUACUUUAGACUGCCAGCCAAUAUCUAUGAAUGACCCAAUAGAAGAGCGCAGGAUCUGUGUUUGUGUAAGGAAGCGCCCUUUAAAUAAACAAGAACUUCACAAGAAGGAAUGUGAUGUGAUUACAGUUCCCAGCAAGUGUGUCCUGCUGGUGCAUGAGCCGAAGUUGAAAGUGGACCUAACAAAAUAUCUCGAGACCCAGGCAUUUAGAUUUGAUUUUUCAUUUGAUGAAACUGCUUCCAAUGAAGUUGUUUAUAGGUUCACCGCGAGGCCUCUUGUACAGACCAUCUUUGAGGGCGGAAAGGCUACGUGUUUUGCGUAUGGCCAAACUGGCAGCGGCAAAACACAUACUAUGGGAGGUGACUUCUCCGGGAAAACUCAGAAUGUCUCAAAGGGGAUAUAUGCUUUUGCAUCACGCGAUGUCUUCGUCCUUCAAAGCCAACCCAGGUACAGGAAUCAAGACCUGGAGGUCUAUGUGACAUUCUUUGAAAUAUAUAAUGGAAAGGUGUUUGAUCUCUUGAAUAAGAAGGCAAAACUCCGAGUGCUUGAAGAUGGAAAGCAGCAGGUCCAAGUAGUUGGCCUCCAAGAAAGACAAGUCAGUUGUGCAGAUGAUGUGAUCAGAAUGAUCGAGAUGGGCAGUGCCUGCAGGACAUCUGGACAGACCUUUGCAAACUCUAGCUCCUCACGGUCACAUGCCUGCUUCCAAAUCAUCCUACGCAGAAGAGGGAAAUUACAUGGCAAAUUUUCCUUGGUAGAUUUAGCUGGAAAUGAGAGAGGUGCAGAUACGUCUAGUGCUGAUCGGCAGACACGCAUGGAAGGGGCAGAAAUAAACAAGAGCCUUCUGGCUUUGAAGGUAGAAUGUAUCCGAGACUUAGGUCAGAACAAAUCUCAUACACCUUAGGAAGCAAAGCGACCCCAGGUGCUGAGAGACUCAUUCAUAGGGGCAUCAUCUUCCCUUUGUUUUCAGAUAGCAAUGAUUUCCCCAGGCAUGAGUUCGUGUGAGUACACCUUGAACACCCUGAGAUAUGCUGACAGAGUGAAAGAGCUCAGUCCUUACAAUGGUGGGAGUGGUGAGAUGCAGAAUUGUAUGGAAACAGAGAAUGAGGAACUGGACACCAGUGAAGAAGAGUCAAGUCUUCAGCAUGACCUCUCCAAAGAGGAGGAAGAGGAGUUGUCUCCCCAUAUGUCCAGUUUCCGUGAAGCCAUGACUCAGAUUAGUGAACUGGAGGAGAAGGCUGUAGAAGAACUUAGAGAAAUGAGACAGAGGAUGACUGAACUCAAUGACCUGUUGGAAAUGACAGAGCAACCAGACUAUGAUCUGGAGACAUUUGUGAACAGAGCCAGAUGCUUCAUAAAGGAAGGAUCAAGAAAUUUCAUCAGCAUGGGAGAUGUUGUGGAGUCCCUGGCUCUUGCCAUGCAGCUGGAGGAGCAGGCCAGCAAGCAGAUGAGUAAGAGGCGGCCUCAGUAAAUAUACCAAAACCUGAUUCACAAACACCAUUUUUCUCUUCUCUGUAUGUGUCUAUCAUAUGUCAGUGGUUUCUAUGUUAACUCGGCCUAUUUUAAAUGUGAUACAAUAAAGUAUUCUUAAGUCAGGUCUACCUGAAGACAAGAGGUCAGAAUAGCAGCCUUUGACCAUGCAGGCCCCAGGAUCUGUUGGGACUUGGCAGUAACUGUUCUAGAAAUGCUCUCCUGACAGUAGGGAGGGGGAAACUUGUAGCUCUUCCUGUCAUUAGCUACCUUUUCCCCUCAUUUAGUGACAGAAUUAUCUGCUCUGCUAUAACUAGAGAAACGUGUGUAUUCUAGUGUACAUCAACUUUUUUUGCUUCUAGAUAUAUUGUGAAAUGGUUUAAAAACUGCAACUCUAGCUGCUUUACAAAGGAAAUGGACUACACUUAAGUGUAAAAAGAAUAAAAUAAAGUCUGUAUUUUUUUAAGAAGUUUGGCUGGUAGAUAAAUAUUCCUGGAUUUAUUAACUGACUUGUAGAAAAUUUCUUGUCAACUGUCAGUUCUUUAAGAUAUUCUCUGAAGACCUUCCCUCCAGAACAGACUGGCCUUUAUGGCAGAGACUGGCUUUUGGGACU